UUCUUUGUAUCCCUCUGAACUUGAUUAGAUAAAAUAAAUCAUCUAAAGAAAUUAGUAUCCGGCGCUUAUAAGCUCCAAAAAUAGGAAUUUACCUUAGAUAGGCUAUAGGUGUCGAUGUCGAUGACAAAAAACUGAAAUAGAGUAGUACUUACUCAUCCUAAUCAUCGAGUUUUGUGUGGCCCACGCAUGACUUAGACUCUCUGAAAGCAAGCAAGUGCGUACCAACUAGGCAGAAAAUAAACCACGGAACCAACACGGAAGCAAGUGACCAAUAACCAACUGAAAUCAGUGUGAAAAAAACUGCGCACAUCCUAAUCAAAGUCUAGAACCGCGGAGUAGCACCACAUAUUGAUACUGGGUGCUAUCCCCCGGCUUUACACUAGGACUAAAUGCAGUCCACGGCGAACAGAGAACAAAAAUACUUGUAGGUCACCAGAUCAACGUUCACACGAAUUUGCGCCAGCGGUCAUAAAAUAAUCAAGCCCGUAACAGAAGAUUGUACCAAAGCCUCCUCUUCUCCGUCUCCGGUGACAAUCUAUCUCUGCCUCGACGUCGACCUGCCCUCAAGCUCCGGUGUUCAUACUGCAGAUUAUUUUGCAAUCUCGCAAAGUGCAGAUAACACCAGUUAUUGCAGGUUCUUUUUCAGGAGUAUAUAAUUUCUAAGCUACUAGUAACUUUGAAAAAUAUGCCUUUUUGACGGGACAUUACUCUCCAGGUACUCACAGUUUUGACAAAAAUGCAUAGAGUGGGUUCACUGUUUCAGUUGCCUGGUUGCUCCCCUGUUUCUUCUUUUUCUCCAGACCAAAAGAGAGAGAGAGAAAGAAACAAGGAAAGAUGCUGAUUAUUGCUUUGCUAAAAUGCCCACUAGGGUAAAGAUGGUGACACAUCGAUAUGGAAAUUAAAGGGCAAUGAUGACCGAGUACUUCAGAAAAUAUCAAGCCAGUACGUACUAGCUACUAGGACAAGUCAUGCAUAGAGAUACUGUCAAUCAGGCCGACAAUACGGAGAUAAUAAAUACUGAAACAACCGUCACCUAACGGACUUUAUCAAGCAAUUUUCAUGGUAAGAAUAGUUCAGCACAAACAACAUGUGUGUGGCGUUUAGUUUUCUCAAGGGAAAUUCAGAAGCACAAUAGUUUGCUAUAUGGUUAAAUAACUAAAACAGGAUAGAAAAUGGUCUUGUGUGAAGAAGAUUACGAACGCUAGAGAGAGAUAUACAAAUCGUGCAAUCUAAAGCUGCAGCACAUAUGCAUCUUGAUUUUACCUGGAAUGAAGACGAAAAACUUGUGUGAACCAGAUAAGACCCGUGGAAAAACAGAACUCAUUGGAGGUCCCAUGUGUAGAUUUCUCUUAUUUGACGGAAGACAUUGCUAUAUUAGUAGUGACCACUGUCUAAUUAGUUAGCAUUGACUCAUCAAUUAGCACUUUAAUACUAAUUUUGGAUUAUGCAAUGUGGAUCCAUUCAAUUUACACAUAAUCCAAAAUAGCCUCCUUCUAUGUAUUAUUUGUAAAUAGUAACUGGAACAAAACAUAGGGUCGCCCUCUUCACGCCCAAUGUUCCAUCAGUUGACAUCAUGCCAACCAACCCAAUACCUUAAUUAUAGCAAAACAUUGUGUACACUCUGGACCCGCAUGACAACUUUGACUUCUCAGUCUAGUUUUCAAUAGUUCAAGUCAGCAUCUAAGCUAAUAGCUCUAUGUGCUAAUACACAUCGCUAAUUAAAAAGCAAAGCAUUUCGCAAAAAAAAAAUGCAAAGCAUUUGGAACUUAAAGCUGCCUUACCACUAUCUGAUCUCACGCACAUAAAUACCCAAAGAAGAGCUCCCUGUAGAGAAAAAUGGCUGCACUGCUCAUUCUGGCUCUUCUUUCAUCUCUCUCCUUCCACCUUUGCUCUGGUGAGUCGCCAUGUGUGGCUCUUGGCUUUGAUCCUUUAGAACACCAUUCUUUGUAUCCAUGUGAACUUGAUUACAUAAAAUAAAUCAUCUAAAGAAAUUAGUAUCCAGCGCUUAAGCUCCAAAAAUAGGAAUUUACCCCAGAUCAGCUAUAGGUGUCGAUGUCGAUGAUAAAAUUUCUGAAAUAGGGUACUCACUCAUUCCAAACACUUUGAGUCUUGUGUGGCCCACGGAACGCAUUACUUGGACUAUUUCUGAAAGCAAGCAAGUGCACACCAACGACACAGAAAAAUAAACCACGGAAGCAAGUGACCAAUAACUAACUGACAGCAGUGUGAAAAAAAUGCGCACAUCCUAAUCAAAAUCUAAAAACGCAGGGUGCGUCCCUUUCUCAGAGUAGCAGCGUAUGUUGAUACUGGGUACUGCCCCGGCUUUACACGAUGACUAAACACCGAACAGAGAACAAAAAUGUAGACAAAUACACCAAAGACACGCCAAUACUUGUAGGUCAGGUCACUAGGUCAACGUUCACAUGAAUGUGCACUGGCGGUCAUAAAUAAAUCAAGCCUGUAACGAUCCAGGAGACACCCAGAAGAUUGUACCAAAACCUCCUCUUCUCUGACUCCGGUGACAAUCUGGCUCGACGUCGACCUGCCCUCAAGCUCCGGUGUUUAUACUGCAGAUUGUUUUGCAAUCCCACGAAGUGCAGAUAACACCACUUAUUGCAGGUUCUUUUUCAGGAGUAUAUGUUUUCUGAGCUACUACUCCCUCUGAUCCAAAAUAAGUGCCGUGGUUUUAGUUUGGAGUAGUAACUUUGACAAAUAUGCAUUUUGACAGGAAGGCACUCUUCAUUUAACAGUUUUCACAAAAAUGCAUAGAAUGGGUUCACUAUUUCAGUUGCCUGGUUGUUCCCCUGUUCCCUUUUUUUUCCACGGCAAAAAAAGAAAAAGAAAAAAAAGAAAACAGGGAGAGAUGCUGAUUCUUGUUCUGCUAAGAUGCCCACUAGGGUAAAGAUGGUGACACAUUGAUGUGGAAAUUAAAGGACGAUGAUGACUGAGUACUUCAGAAAAGAUCAAGCUAGUACUACGGAGUACAAGUCAUGCGUAGAGAUACUGUAAAUAACUACUAGUAUCUCUGGCAUUCUAUCCAGCUGCCUAAUGAAAACCAUGAAUCAGGCCGACAAUACGAAGAUAACAAAUACUGAAACAACUGCCACCUAACGGACUUUAUCAAACAAUGGUAAUAAGUAAGAAUAGUUCAACACAAACAACAUGUGUGUGGCGUUUAGUUUUCUCAAGGGAAACUGAAAAGCACAAAAGUUUGCUAUAUUAUGGUUAAAUAACUAAAACAGGGUACAGAAUUGGUCUUGUGUGAAGAAGAUUAUGAACGCCAGAGUUAGAUACAAAUCGUGCAAAAUCUAAAGCUCCAGCACAUAUGCAUCUUGGUUUUACUUGGAAUAGAGAUGAAAAACUUUUUUUUUGGAACUUAUGAAGACAAAAAACUUGUGUGAACCAGAUAAGGUCGUUGAAGAAAAAAAAGAACCUCAUUGGAGGUCCCAUGAGUAGGUAGGUUUUUGAUUUGACGAAAGACAUUGCUAUAUUAGUAGUGACCACUGUCUACUUAGUCAGCAUUGUCUCACAUUCAAUUAUUAGUUUAAUAGUACUAAUUUUGGAUUAUGCAAGUGUGGGUCCAUUAGCCUCUUUGUAUGUCUUAUUUGUAAAUAGUAACUGCCAGUAUCCUUCACGCACAAUGUUCCAUUAGUUGACAUCAUGCCAACCAACCCAAUACCUUAACUAUAGCAAAACAAUGUGUACACUCUGGACCAGCAUGACAAGUUUGUCUUCCCAGUCUAGUUUUCAAUAGUUCAAGUCAGGAUCUAAGAUAAUAGGUCUAUGUGCUAAUGCACAUCGUUAUCUAGUUAAAAAGAAAAGCAUUUGGAACUUAAAGCUGCCUUACCACUCUCUAAUCUCUGCACAUCCAUACCCAAGGCAGAGCUCCCCGGAGAGGAGAAAAAUGGCUGCACUGCUCUUUCUAGCCCUUCUUUCAUCUCUCUCCUUCCACCUUUGCUCUUGUGCUUCUGCUUCCCCAUGGCAUACCAUGACCACCGGCUCAUAUAUGAGACCAGAAGACCAUGACAGAAUCUUUCUCCUCUCACCAGACACCACCUUCUCCUGCGGCUUCCAUCCAGUUGGGACAAAUGCUUUCACCUUCUCGAUCUGGUACACCACCGUGAAAACGGUUGUCUGGACGGCGAAUCCCUAUUCCGCGGCGAAUGGCUACUAUUCCCCGGUGAACCUUCACGGCUCCAGAAUAUCGCUGAACCAGGAUGGCAACCUGGUCCUGGCAGAUACCAAUGGCUCCAUGGUAUGGGAAAGCAAGACGUCUUCAGGCAAGCACACAAUUGUUUCCCUCCUCGACACUGGCAACCUUGUAAUCAAUGAUUCUAGCAAUAAAAUCGUAUGGCAGAGCUUUGAUUCACCAACAGACACCUUGCUCCCUUGGCAGAAACUCAAGAAAGACAUAAGGUUAGUCUCUGGUUACCAUCACCUCUAUUUUGACAACGACAAUGUCUUGCGCCUGUUGUAUGAUGGCCCAGAUAUUACAAGCAUCUACUGGCCAAGUCCAGAUUAUGAUGCACAAAAAAAUGGACGCAAUAGAUAUAACAGCACCAGGGUCGCAUUUCUGGACGACAAGGGUAAUUUUGUGUCAAGUGAUGGGUUUAAAAUAGUGGCUUCAGAUUCAGGCCCUGGGAUCAAGAGGAGGAUUACAAUUGAUCAUGAUGGCAAUUUUAGAAUGUACAGCUUGGACGCGUCAGCAAGGAAAUGGGUGGUUACAGGGCAGGCUGUAAUACAGAUGUGCUAUGUGCACGGAUUAUGCGGCAAGAAUGGGCUUUGUGACUACUCAGAAGGCCUUAAAUGUAGAUGCCCUCCAGAAUAUGUGAUGGUUGAUCCAACAGACUGGAACAAGGGAUGCAAACCGACAUUCACAAUUGGUAGUAAUCAACCACAUGAGAACUUUACAUUUGUUAAGCAACCUCAUGCAGACUUCUAUGGCUUUGAUCUGGGCUCUAAUCAAUCCAUCUCAUUUGAAGCAUGUUGGGACAUUUGCCUCAACAGCAGCUCAUGUAUAUCUUUCACAUACAAGGGUGGGGAUGGUUGGUGUUAUACUAAAAACAUACUCUACAACGGUCAGGUGUACCCGUACUUCCCAGGAGACAACUACAUGAAAGUACCAAAGAGUUUCAAUGGUUCAGCAUCCUCAAUCUCCAAACAAGAAAGCCUAACCUGCAGACCCAGUGGUUCAGAGAUUAUGAUAGGAUCAGCAAACAUGUAUGGAAUAAAGAAGGACAACAUAAAGUGGAUAUACUUGUAUGUCUUUGGUGCAAUACUGGGAUUUCUAGAGUUGCUUGUUAUUGUGACAGGAUGGUGUCUUUUUUUCAGAAAGAGUAACAUGCCCAAAUCAAUGGAGGAUGGAUACAAGAUGAUAACAAACCAGUUCAGGCGGUUUACAUACAGAGAAUUGAGGGAAGCAACUGGAAAGUUCAAAGAAGAGAUUGGGAGAGGGGGUGCUGGAAUUGUUUACAGAGGAGUACUUGAAGAUAAGAAAAUAGUUGCAGUAAAGAAACUUACAAAUGUCCAACAGGGAGAAGAGGAAUUCUGGGCAGAAGUGACUCUAAUUGGAAGGAUUAAUCACAUAAAUUUGGUCAGGAUGAUGGGAUUCUGCUCAGAAGGGAAAAACAGAUUAUUAGUAUACGAGUAUGUGGAGAAUGAGUCACUGGACAAGUACCUCUUUGGUGAGAGAAGUACUGAAAGUCUGAUCGGUUGGAACCAAAGGUACAAGAUUGCCGUGGGUGCAGCAAGGGGUCUUGCUUAUCUACAUCAUGAAUGCCUCGAGUGGAUCGUCCAUUGUGACGUGAAGCCAGAAAACAUACUCCUAACUCGAGAUUUCGAUGCCAAAAUAGCAGACUUCGGACUAGCCAAGCUUGCGAAGCGAGACAGCGCUAGCUUCAAUUUCACCCAUAUGAGGGGCACAAUGGGCUACAUGGCACCAGAAUGGGCAUUGAAUACGCCGAUCAAUGCGAAGGUCGAUGUUUACAGCUACGGAGUUGUGCUUCUGGAGAUUGUGACUGGAGCUAGGGUUUCAAGUGGCAUAAUGGUCGACGGAAGACAAGUGGAGUUUCCAGACUUCAUCCAGGAGGCCAAACAGAUUCUGGCUACCGAGAGGAUCACUGAUCUAGUGGAUGCCAGAUUGAAGGGGAAUUUCGAUCUAGAGCAGGCAACUGCAAUAGUGAGAAUAGCUGUUGCAUGCCUUGGAGGUAGAUGCGAGAGGCCGACGAUGGACGAGAUUCUGAAGGCUCUCAUGUCAUAUGAUGAUGAAGACGACCAUCCUGCCUAUUCGUAUUGACAUGCAAUGCAAACUGAUGUAAAUAUUUGAGCUAUGCACACUGUUUGUUAGCUCUGUUGACGUUAUAAGCUAAUAGGCAUAAGUAGAUAAGAUGCAAAAGGUGAAUUGUUGUGUGCAUUUAUAAGCUAAGAGGCAUAAGUAGAUAAGAUGCAAAAGGCGAAUUGUUGUGUGCAUUUGCAGGAACCUAUUACAGAAAUGUGGCAGGUUUAUUUUAACGUCGUAAGGUGAGUAGUUUAUAUUUCACAAACACCAUUUUCAUGUUUCCAGUCUCGCCACUUUCAUCUCUUUAGUCUCCCCAGUUUAACUGCAUGAACUUUUUGUUACCACUAUGGUGAUAUCUUCCCCAUCGUCACCUGGUCAACUAGUCAAGGGCACCAAUGCUACUGCCAGGCACUAACAUGAGAAUCGACCCAUUUCUGCAAACAGACACGAAACUAUAAUAAGUUUGCUCAAGAUAGGCUAAAAGCAUUAAGAUAUGCACAGGCUUGGACCCUAACUAGGAACGAGUACAGCAGUUAAGCAUCCAGUACAUGGUUGGCGUUGGAAUGUUACAUAUACUUGGCAACACUACCUGCGAAAAUGGACGGAAUGCUCUGUUCGGUAAAAGGAUCGAUCGAGCUCUCGAAGCGCUAGGAUGUGGUCGGCCUUUCGCCCAAGCCGAAUCAGGCGGAGGGAAAUGGCCAAUGAGGGCGCCGGAUCCGCUGCAGCCGCCGGGAACCGCGGAGGGGAGGGCGCCGAGGAGCGGCGGCGCGCGCUGCGGCAAGGGGCUCCAACCUG